CCAUGUAACUUCAAUCCACAACAUGGUCAUCCCAUCCAGCAAAGCCAUGACAUCACUCACCUAAUGUUUCCUUUUACUUUUCCAGUUUUCCUUCUUGGAAAUAUCCUCGAAGAAUUGUAUUUCUAACAAGGACAUACAACAAACACCAAUUAUCAUCCUAAUUUUCUAUUCUAUACUAUUCCUAUUCCUGUAUAAAUAAAAAUCACAGGAUUAUCAGAAAACAAUUCAAACAUAGUACCUCCAAGAUGAAGAAAGCACAAGUUGUGUUUAUCCCUUCUUCUGGUUUGAGCCAUCUAGUUUCCACCCUUGAGUUUGCCAACCUUCUAAUCAACCGUGAUAACCGUCUCCGAAUAACCGUUUUACUUAUGAAACUCCCAAACACCUCAGAGGGUGAGUCAUACAUAGAUUCCCUUACCAUCCCUGAUUCUCUUCACCUUAUCAACCUUCCAGAAAGCUCUCUUCCUCCCAGCACGGAUCCGGCUUCCGCCAUGACCGCUCUCCUCGAAGCUCAAAAACCAUACGUUAAACAAGCAGUCUCCAACCUCACUGCUGAAGAACAACAACAUGGACCCCUGGCUGCCGUCGUUGUUGACAUGUUCUGCACCACCAUGAUUGAUGUUGCUAAAGACUUUUCCGUCCCUGCGCUCAUAUUCUACACUGCCGGUGUUGCUUCUCUUGGUCUAAUGCUUCAUCUUCACACUCUGUUUGAGCGAGAUAACUUCGAUUCCACUCAGUUACAGAAGCAAAAUGAGUUAGCAGUUCCUUGUUUUGCCAACUCAGUUCCUGUAAACUCGCUGCCUAGUUUUAUGCUAGACAAGGGAUUUGAGUCGUUUUUUAUGAGCUUUGUAGGAGGCCUCAAGAAGACAAAUGGCAUUAUAGUAAAUUCAUUUGAAGAGCUUGAAUCACAUGCGGUCCACUCCUUUUUCUCUCAUCCUGAUCUAGCAGGCUUACCAACUAUAUAUCCGGUCGGACCCUUAUUAAACCCUGAGCCCAAAACAAAGAGUAUAGUUGAUUCAGACGAUAUCAUCAAAUGGCUUGAUGAUCAACCUCAUUCCUCGGUAGUUUUCCUAUGCUUUGGGACAAGAGGUGCUUUCUAUGCAGAUCAAAUCCAAGAGAUAGCACAUGCUAUUGAGAAUAGUGGAGUUCGUUUCGUGUGGUCUCUACGCAAACCCUCACCAGAAGGUUUUAUGUCCGCACCCUCUGAUUAUCCACUUUCAGAUUUGAUUUCACUUUUACCCGAAGGAUUUUUAGAUAGGACGGCUGAAUUUGGAAAGGUCGUUGGUUGGGCUCCACAAGCUCAAAUACUUGCCCACCAAGCUAUCGGAGGAUUUGUUUCGCAUUGUGGAUGGAAUUCUAUAUUGGAGAGCAUGUAUCUUGGUGUGCCUAUUGCGGCUUGGCCUCUUUAUGCGGAACAACAGGCAAAUGCUUUUGAGUUGGUAUGUGAGUUGAAGUUGGGUGUGGAGAUUGCAUUGGACUAUCGGGUAGAAUUUAAUGGUGCGCAUAAUUAUGUUGUAACUGCAGAAAAGAUUGAGAGAGGAAUAAAGAGUGUCUUGGAUAAGGAUGGAGAGGUAAGGAAGAAAGUGAAAAAGAUGAGCGAAAAAAGUAAAAAGACCUUGUUAGAGGGAGGGUCUUCCUACUCUUGUUUAGGUAAUUUAAUUGAUUAUAUUAUGAAUCACGCUUGAAAUUAAACAUUUUUCCUCUAUGAGUAGAACAUAUGAAUGAUUCACUUGUGCAUUUGAAUUGUUAUUGUACUUGAAAAAUAUACAUAACAGUAUGUAACUCUAUAAAUUGCGGAAUCAAUAAAGCAUGGUGUAUUUGUUUGAA